GUACAAGGGUUGGCCAGUCUAAAAUUCUGGUAGGGAAGGGCAUGUGGUGUGCCCCAAACCAGCCAAAAGCUCUUUGAUUUUCUUUUUUUCUUUAGUAUUUAUUAUUCAUGGAUUGAAGAAAUCAAAAUGGCUGAAGACAAAGAGACAAAGCAUGGAGGACACAAGAAUGGGAAGAAAGGAGGACUUUCUGGAAGUUCAUUUUUCACAUGGUUUAUGGUGAUUGCAUUGCUGGGAGUCUGGACAUCAGUAGCUGUUGUUUGGUUUGAUCUUGUUGAUUAUGAGGAAGUUCUAGCCAAAGCAAAGGACUUCCGUUAUAACUUAUCAGAGGUACUUCAAGGAAAACUUGGAAUCUAUGAUGCUGAUGGUGAUGGAGAUUUUGAUGUGGAUGAUGCCAAAGUCUUAUUAGGGCUUAAAGAAAGAUCUGCUCCAGAGCCACCAGUCCCACCAGAAGAGUCUGAGCUACAUGCUGAGCCCGAGGAGCAGGUUCCCACGGAGGAAGAACCCCAGAUUAUCGAAGAUGAAGUAAAAGAACAAAUUCAGUCCCUUCUCCAUGAAACGUUACACACGGAGCAUGUUGAAGGAGAAGAUCUACCACAAGAAGAGGAUGGACCACCAGGGGAACCACAACCAGAGGAUGAAAACUUCAUUACAGCAGCUGAUGUAGAUGAUAGAUUUGAGACCCUGGAACCUGAAACAUUUCAUGAAGGAACUGAGGAUAGUUACCAUGUGGAAGAAACAGUUUCACAAGACUAUAAUCAGGAUAUGGAAGAGGCGAUUUCUGAACAGGAAAGUCCAGAUUCUAGUGAACCAGUUGUAGACGAUGAAAAAUUGCACCAUGACACAGACGAUGUAACAUACCAAGACUAUGAUGAACAAGUAGUAUAUGAACCUCCGGAAACAGAAGGAAUAGAAGUCUCAGACAAUGCUGUAGAAGACUCAAACAUAACUUCAGAAGAUGUAAGUGCUACCCCUGCAGAGGAACAACAGGAAGUGUCACCAGAAACAAAUAGAAAAACAGAUGAUACAGAACAAAAAGCAAAAGUUAAGAAAAAGAAGCCUAAGCUUUUAAACAAAUUCGAUAAGACUAUUAAAGCUGAACUUGAUGCUGCAGAAAAACUUCGUAAAAGGGGAAAAACUGAGGAAGCAGUGAAUGCAUUUAAAGAACUUGUACGCAAAUACCCUCAGAGUCCACGAGCAAGAUAUGGGAAGGCACAGUGUGAAGAUGAUUUGGCUGAGAAGAGGAGGAGCAAUGAGGUACUGCGUGGGGCCAUCGAGACGUACCAAGAGGUGGCCAGCCUGCCUGAUGUCCCUGCAGACCUGCUGAAGCUGACUUUGAAGCGGCGCUCAGACAGACAACAGUUUCUAGGUCAUAUGAGAGGUUCCCUGCUUACCCUACAGAGAUUAGUUCAACUGUUCCCCAAUGACACUUCCUUAAAGAAUGACCUUGGAGUGGGAUACCUCUUGAUAGGAGAUAAUGACAAUGCCAAGAAGGUUUAUGAAGAGGUUCUGAGUGUGACACCUAACGAUGGCUUUGCCAAAGUCCAUUAUGGCUUCAUCCUGAAGGCACAGAACAAGAUCGCUGAGAGCAUUCCCUAUUUGAAGGAAGGAAUAGAAUCUGGAGAUCCUGGCACUGAUGAUGGAAGAUUUUAUUUCCACCUGGGGGAUGCUAUGCAGAGGGUUGGGAACAAAGAGGCAUAUAAGUGGUAUGAGCUUGGGCACAAGAGAGGACACUUUGCAUCUGUCUGGCAGCGCUCACUCUACAAUGUGAACGGACUGAAAGCACAACCUUGGUGGACACCGAGAGAAACGGGCUACACAGAGUUAGUAAAGUCUUUAGAAAGAAACUGGAAGUUAAUCCGAGAUGAAGGCCUUGCAGUGAUGGAUGAAGCCAAAGGUCUCUUCCUGCCUGAGGACGAAAACCUGCGGGAAAAGGGAGACUGGAGCCAGUUCACACUGUGGCAGCAAGGAAGAAAAAAUGAAAAUGCCUGUAAAGGAGCUCCUAAAACCUGUACUUUACUAGAAAAGUUUCCCGAGACAACAGGAUGCAGAAGAGGGCAGAUCAAAUAUUCCAUUAUGCAUCCUGGAACUCACGUGUGGCCGCACACGGGGCCUACAAACUGCAGGCUUCGAAUGCACCUUGGACUGGUGAUUCCCAAGGAAGGCUGCAAGAUCCGAUGUGCUAAUGAGACCAAGACCUGGGAGGAAGGCAAAGUGCUCAUCUUCGAUGACUCCUUUGAGCACGAGGUGUGGCAGGAUGCCUCGUCUUUCCGGCUGAUAUUCAUCGUGGAUGUGUGGCAUCCGGAGCUGACACCCCAGCAGAGACGCAGUCUUCCCGCAAUUUAGCAGGAAUUCAUGCAACAUUGAGAUACCCUGGAGAGAGGCUGCUUUUCUGCUUUCAUGCCCUUGGGUGUGAGGAUAGAAGUUCAAACACCAAGGCUUUUCAUUCCCUUGACUUGCAGCCUAAAAAAUUCUCAGCCUCCUCCUAAGGUUAGAAGACACUAAAGGGAAUUUUUUCCUCACUGCCAUUCAUUUAGAAAAUACCCUGCUGUGUUUCAUCCCACGACAGCACUUGGUCUUAUGCCUGUAUUUAAGGUGAACAUUUGAGAGCUUCUAUUUUGACAACCAAAGAUAUGUUUUCCACAUAGAAUAGACCUAAAUCAGUGUACAAUGAGAACAUGUAUAGAAACUGUGAAUGAAUUGCUUUAGUUUGUAAUUUUUCUAUGCAGUUAUACUUUUUCUAGGGUAACUAGACUAUUUUGUCAUCAUGUAUUACCACUACUUUUCUGUUGAUUUUAAUGAUAAGCUGUAUAAAUGCUUUACUUCUAGCUGUUUAAUGGUAAUGUUUCUUUCAGUAAAACACUCAUGUAAAAAGCAAUUUUAUUUUCCCAAUACA